GGGGGGUGGGGGGUGGGGGGCUCUUUCUGUGGUUGUAGCUGUUCCAUGUGGGUGUGGCCUUGUUUGCAGUGGGCGGGCCGCAGACGACCUCGCCCACCACCGACGCGUCGUGUGCGCGUGCCGCGAGUUGGCACGGCGACCAGACCAGACGCGAGAGGAACAGGAACGAGGAACCGCGAAAAGAGGCUGUGUGAACAAAUCACUGUCUAACCAGAAGGCAUUUAUUAACUGCCCGACUUUGGUGUGUGUGUGUGAGAGAGAGAGAGAGAGUGCGUGCGUGUGUGUGUGUGCGCACGUGCGUGUGCGUGCGUGUGUGGAGGGACUGUGGGAUGUGUUUUUUUUUGUUUUGUUUUUGUUUGUUUUUUUAAACAUGAAUGAGUGGGGGCGUGCAGGUGGGAGGGGCCUUAAACUUGACAUCUUUAGAUCUGUAGCUUUCUCAGGUGAGAAGGGGAGUGACGCCUUGCCUUACACGUCUGACCUGUACACACACACACAAUAUAAGUAUAUAAUUGUAUAUUCACACACUGACACAAAUCUAGAGAUAUGAACAAGAAAUUGCUGAAGUGAAUUCAGUCUUGUCGGGAGUACAGCUCGCUGAUUUUUUUAUUUCGUAGAUUCCACUGUAAUUUAUUUUUGUUUCCCCAUAUCCAUGCCCUGUUCCAUCUGUUCAUGCCAUUUUCAUUUUAGCGCUGAAAAUGAAUGUUUUCUUUGAUAAAUUGUAUUUAUAAAAUCAUUUAUAAAUAUAAUUUAUUUAGUGAUCUGUUUAAAAGCUUAGGGUAGUGUAAGAAUGCAGAAGUAUUAAAAUAGAAAAUUAAUUUAAGCAAUCGUUGAAAAAAAGGUGGGGAGGGGUUGGAUUCCUAUUGAGGAAUAUUUUAAGAGACAGUUUGAGGGCUAAUUUCAGUUGAACGUACUUCAUCUAAUUUACUGAAUGAGCUGGUGGGGGUGUUGGUGUCUUCACUGUGUCUUCCUCCUAAAAGCGCCUUACCAGUAUCGACUCUGAGAAUCCACCAUUUUAGGACAAAGUGCAGAUCUCUCCACACUACAGUGCAGUGACAAUGGGACUAGCUCUACACGCUGUACAGUGAGCCUCAGAGUAGCUCUACACAUUGUACAGUGCUGUGAGCCUCAGAGUAGCUCUACACUGUACAGUGAGCCUCAGAGUAGCUCUAUACAUUGUACAGUGCAGUGAGCCUCAGACUAGCUCUACACUGUACAGUGCUGUGAGCCUCAGAGUAGCUCUACACACUGUACAGCGAGCCUCAGAGUAGCUCUACACUGUACAGUGCAGUGACCCUCGGAGUAGGUCUCCACACUGUACAAUGCAGCGAGCUUGGCUCUCUACAUCUAUACUGUUGUCCAUUUUGCAGGUGAAUUAAUGGAGACAUUAACCGAUCCCGACAGCUUUGCAUGGCUCACUGUCCUCAGAUACGUUUUACUGACUUUGAAAGGUAGGCACUUCCAAAAAGUAGCAGAUAUGAAAACGAAAUGUACAAAAACAUUUUUAUGGGGAUGGGGGGGAGGGGGCGUGAGUGACAAAAACGUUUAUAAUUUGCAUCAUUGUUCUUGUCUGUAGUGGAGUGCAAAGUUCUUCUGUUUGUUUUUAUAGCAACAAGGGGGAAAUGAGACCUCUCAGCUUUCUCUAAUGGUGUUUUUCUCCAGUGCCUGUAUUGUUUAGCAAUUCAAGUUGACAUUACUUUUCGGAUUUUUUUUUUUUUUGAGGGUGUGAGAAGGGGCCUGUACGAAGAACAGUCAAGACACUUGCAAUAUUUUAACAGACUAUGAUGUUGAGACUAAGUGUAGUUUUGCUGGCGCAGAUGAAUACUUGGAUGUGCUCCAGGCGGUUAUUUCAUUAGCAUCGGAUGUGUGGGUGUUUGGAGGAGGAGGCGUCCGGCCAGGUCUGUGCCUCCAGUGUAUUUUUUGCGGGCUUUCCCAGUCCCCCCUGACCCACAGACAAAAUGGCCGCCCUUUAAACCUCGGGAGAAAAUGAGGACGCCGAAGUGGAGCGAACGAGUUAACUCUGCGUUUGUCACUUUCAUCUGUUUUUUUUAUUUUUAUUUUUUUCCAAUUUCAAUGAAGUUCACAAAUAUUAAAUAUCAUUUUUUUUUUUUUUUGGUUUUGAAAAAACUAACAAAAAAAUCACGUUUUUUUCUUUUCUUCAUUCCUUCAUGCUUUUCGAUGUAUCUUUUUGUUUUCGUUUCAGUGGUGACAGUUGGAUGUUAUGUGCCAUAGAUAUCUAUUCAACAGAAGAAAACCGAGGUGUGGCUCGGCCACUGUUUGGUUCAUUCAGGUUUUUUUUUUUCCUUUUUUUUUUUUUUUCUCGGUUUUUGUGUUUUAUUUUUCCUGAUUACCAGUUGAUGUGUCAGUGACUGAGGCGGUAUGAAGGAAAAGCUGUGUGUCUGUUAUGAUCAUGGAAUAAACUCAUCUCUUUUUAAGAAAAAACCAAAACAAAAAAAAAUUAAAAAGAGACAAAAAAACAAUCACUUUCUGUUUUGGUGUGGAUCUGAGGUUUCUGGUCAGGAUCAGCAGGGGGUCUGUGGUCUGGGAUGUCUUCUUUUUUGGGGGGGGGGGGGUUCAUGGUGAACAAGGCUAUAUCAGAGCUGCCCCUGCGUAUUUAUGGUCUUUCUUCAGGGAACCCGGAAUCACUACACUAAGCGGGGGGCAUAAUUUAGGCCUCCCCCAUAGCUGGCAUCAUGUGAAUAAGAGCACAUUGAGGAUGCAAAGUUCUUUCAUGUUUCAGUGUUCAGCGUUUUCACAUUUAGACCUAUUAACAUAAUAUGCUCACGGAUAGGCCUAUUAUAAUUUGAUAUACAGAAAUGGGCCUCAGCGGACGAUACUGUUUAAUAGACCGGAUAAUUCGAUAUACUGAUAAAUAGGCCUAGUGCGAUUUCAUAUACUCCAGUGCCGUUGUGCAAAGAUGUAUAAUAGAUUGAAGUACGUUAGUUGCAGUUUGUGGUACUUAGUCGCGUUUUAAGGCUACUGUUCGACCUUCGGGGCCAAAAAAAGGCGCACGAGCAAAGGCAGCGGGAUUUUCCGUGCUCGUUCGACUAGUUCAUGACUAAGAAUGCCAACACUGCCCUCUACUGACUGCUUGUGUAAUUAGUCUAUGUCCAACGGCUGAGCUAGUGACAGAUUCUACUAUUCACAAGCUUCUCCUGAAUAGUACAAACGCACACAUAAUUAUGAAGCCCUCGCGCUUGAUUUCCAUUCCACAAACUGCUUAAUAUCCCUUUAUCAGAUCCCUCGUGCCCAUUUAUUUUAUUGAGUUGGGUCUUCACUCAGUAUUAUUUUUAUUAUUUGCCAUUCAUUAUUUUGAGUCACUUUUCCACUUAAAAGGUCUCUCUCUCACACACACACACACACACUCACUCACACACACAAAGGCACAACAUCUCUCAGUAGUAUUAACCUUGGCAUGCAGAGGCACCGGUGGCGUAUGAACAGACUCAUAUUUAACAGUGUGUGUAUCUACUGUGGGGUGGUGGGUGCCCACAAGCAGGACUACCCUUCACGAUUUAACCUUGUGACUUGACCGGAAUGAACGUACCCACACAAGAUCCAACAAUAGACAUCCCUCUGCUAAGCCCAGCUGAAUGGUUGCCAGUUGAACGGAGCUGUGGAAGGUCUAACCACGAUAAAAUGUGGGGGCAUCAAAGUGACCAUUAGAUUUUCACAACAAAUAAACCUCUUAAAGGAUAUAGCCAGGGUCUUUAAUUUGCUUCUUUGAAACGUUUAAGCUCAGACCGGUCUGAUUUUUAAUUCGUAUAAAAUUUCAGUUAUUGCAAUAAAGUUUUGUCUCACGAUGUGCACUACAUGGAUCUUUUAUCACUGAAAAAGGAUGAAAUCGGCUACAGAAACAUCCUGGUUUGUGCUGUGGCAGCCACAAAACCUAAAGACAUUUUUAAAACAAAAAUAAUGUUUUCCAAUAAUCCGCGGGAGUUUAAAACUUAUUUUAAUAGCCGACUUAAAGACAAUCGAAUAAGAGACGUGGAAUCCGGUAAACUAUUAAACUGACAUUUUGAAUUACGAUUACCAUGAAACUGAAAACCAAGGGGAGAAGUUCCUGGUGACCUACGAUUCGACUGUGUAACUUCGUGCAUUUCGGGUACCCACAUAUCAUAGUGUGUUUAUGGCCUGUUGUGGGAAAAAAACAACUCUUUAAUGAAUUAAUGAUAAACUGUAUUAGUCCACCGAACUAAAUGUAUACAAGCUACCCGUCACUUCACUACCCUUCAGAUGCAUGGACCAAGCGACUGUGGGGAGGAAGGUCGCGAUUGGUUUUCAGAAACGUCCAACCUACUUGGAUAGCAAGCAAGUGAGAUUUAUUUAUAACCUAGUGGAAGGUCCUGCUCGUUCCGGACCAAUUUAUGAGCAAAGUUCCCCGGAAAGUGUGGAAUACGACUUCAGAGUCAUGAGCAGCACGACCAUGUCCGUUAUACUUUUCCCUACCCGGGUGUGUCUGUGGUUGCUGUCCUUACUGUACUGGGCUCUGGUCUACGGCACCGCCGGGGUCACCGCCUGCAUGGUUCUGAUCCGGAUCUCGUGGAGAGGACUCAGGGACCCUCGCAGAGCCUUCAGAUGGACAGUGCGCAACAGACCGCCGGCAUGCCUGCGGGAUCCAGCGUUGGGCACACACGGAUACCUGCGAUGCAGGAGUUCAGGUCUGCGACUGCACUUUGUGUCCAAAGGCAACAGCAGGAAACCUCUCAUGCUCUUCCUCCAUGGGUUUCCAGAGAACUGGUACUCAUGGCGAUACCAGCUGAGGGAGUUCAGUGUGCAGUACCACACAGUAGCACUGGACCUGCGUGGCUGCGGGGCCUCUGCUGCCCCCUACAGGCUGGAGGACUAUGCACUGGAGAACCUGCUGGAUGACAUAAGGGACACCAUUAGCGGCCUGGGGCACACCAGCUGUGUGCUGGUCGGCCAUGACUGGGGGGGCAUGCUGGCCUGGCACUUCGCCCUGGAGCGUCCGGACAUGGUGCAGCGCCUGGUGGUGAUGAACGCCCCGCACCCGGCGUCCUGGCUAGAUGCUGUGUUGAGAAGGCCGUCUCAGCUCCUGCGCUCUGGCCAUACCUGCUUUUUCCAGCUGCCCCUGCUGCCUGAGAUUGCCCUGUCUAUGGAGGAUUUCAAGCUGGUGCGCAGUAUGCUGUGUGGGGGCCGUGCGGGGAUUCGGAACCGGGCCCGUCGCCUGACGGAGGCGGAGUUGGAGGGGUACCUCUACCACCUGUCCCAGCCGGGGGGGCUCACUGCACCCCUCAAUUACUACCGUGUUCUCCUCAGUAACGCACUCUACAGACACCAGAAUGUGGGAGUGGCCUGUAUGCUAAUUUGGGGCGAGGCCGACGGUAUAUUGGUGGAAGGGAUGUCGGGAGGGGCACGGCCAUACAUGAGAGGCUCGGUAGUGGUGCACACGAUUCCGGACUGCAGUCACUGGGUGCAGCAGGACCAGCCCGAAACCGUCAACAAGAUGCUGUGGGACUUCCUCCUACAGAGGGAGUCGCCGCAGUGCUAGGCCCCACCACUGGUGGGCGCCAUACUAUGUACUUGUGCUCUUCGUAGUGUGUUGAGUAUAAACCACAAAAUAUGUGGACUAUGAACAAAACUCAGUAGGUUUGGAAUACAAUUUAUAUCAUAAUGCGUCAUGUCAUGAACCUUUAUGCAGUUAGUCUAUUCAGACAACUUUCAUUCAUUUCAAAUAUUUUAAUAUUUUAAGUCAAGAGAACAAUAUUUAUUUGUGUCCAAAUUCCUCAAUUGCUGGUUUCUUCAUGACUUACCUGCAAGUGUAAGUUUACUGUAUUAAAAAUCAGCCAUUCAAACAUACAGAUAGUUAACUAAGUCUCCUGGGAUCACAACAGAAAGGACAUUCAAUGCAACUUUUAUGGCAAAAAACAGGAGUGUUUUUGAACAAGAAAAGGUGAUUAUUUUUUAAUAGCAAUUCAAGCUGAAUUCUCUGUGGAAGUUCAAUGGCAAUUUCUAUUGAUAUAGCAAUUGCUGAGGGUUGGUGUCAGUGUGGAUGAUGAUGAAGUAUACUCCCCCCCCACACACACACACUUAUA